AACAUUGUGUUUACUUGUUAUGACAGGACAUUUUCAGUCGUUCCUUAAUCACCUUCGACGAUAAAACGUGUUGUCGAUCACUUCUUCAACGGGCGUACUACAGUUCACUAAUACGCACAUUGCCAAGCUUCAAUCAAAAUGGCUAAUAACCUGUUGAGAAAAGUCUACGUUAUUGGUGUCGGAAUGACCAAGUUUGAGAAGCCUGGUAGGCGCUCAGAUUUUGAUUACCCGGAUAUGGUUGCUGAAGCAGUUACAAAUGCCCUUAAUGAUGGAAAGGUAGCUUACCAACAAAUCCAGCAGGCUGUUGUUGGAUAUGUUGAUGGUGAAUCAUGCUGUGGACAGAGAGCCUUAUAUCCUUUGGGAAUGAGUGGUAUCCCCAUUUACAAUGUCAAUAACAAUUGCUCAACUGGAUCAUCAGCCUUACUUUUGGCCCAACAACUUGUGGCUGGUGGUGUUGCCGACUGUGUGUUGGCUGUAGGAUUCGAGAAAAUGAAGAGGGGCUCUUUGACUGGGAAGGGCUACGAUGAUCGUGUAAAUCCGAUGGAUCGUCACGUUGGUGCCCUGGCCGAAAACGUCGGUAUUGAACCUGCACCAAUCGCAGCCCAAUGGUUUGGCGCUGCUGGUUUGGAACAUAUGAAAAAGUAUGGAACUAAGGAAGUCCAUAUGGCCAAAAUCGCUUAUAAGAAUCACAAGCAUUCCGUCAAUAAUCCGAAAUCACAAUUCCGCGACGAAUACACCUUGGAGCAGAUCCUAGCUUCACCACCUGUAUACGGCCCACUGACCAAGUUGCAAUGUUGCCCCACUUCCGAUGGAUCUGCCGCUGCGAUCCUGGUGUCUGAGGCCUUUGCCAUAAAACACGGUCUUCUCGAUCGAGCCGUAGAAAUUUUGGGAAUGGAAAUGACGACAGAUUUAAGCUCAACAUUUGGCGAAAAUAGCAGCAUGAAAUUGGUGGGCUAUGACAUGACAAAAACGGCCGCUCAAAAAUUGUUUGCCAAAACCGGUGUCAAACCAACCGAUGUCCAAGUCGUAGAAUUGCACGAUUGUUUCUCUGCUAACGAGCUGAUCACAUACGAAGCGUUGGGAUUAUGUCCUGAAGGCAAAGCAGGCGAUAUGAUUGACAAAGGAGACAACACUUAUGGUGGAAAAUACGUUGUCAAUCCUAGUGGUGGAUUAAUAUCCAAAGGCCAUCCUUUAGGAGCAACUGGCAUUGCGCAGUGCGCAGAGCUUACGUGGCAGCUUCGUGGCGAGGCGGACAAGAGGCAGGUACCUAACUGCAAGCUAGCGCUUCAGCACAACAUCGGACUUGGUGGAGCAGUCGUCGUCGCUUUGUACAAAAUGGCCGUAGAAAAACAAGCUUCCGCAAGUGUUCGUAUUGAUGGCUUCAAGUCAUCUGAAGUGUUUGAGCUGAUUAAAAGUGCCUUGGCCUCGAACGGAGAAGAACUCACCAAGAAGGUUGGAGGCGUGUUCCUCUUCAAGUUGGCAGGUGAUGGCGGUAAGCAGGGCUCUUGGAUCGUCGACGCGAAGAACAACGGUGGUUCCGUUAGAAUCGCUAAAGAUGGCGAAAAGGGAGAUGUUACCAUCAGCCUAAAGGAUGAUGAUUUCACUCAAUUGGUUUCUGGCAAAUUGGCUGCUCAACAAGCUUACUUUCAGGGAAAACUUAAAGUGCAAGGCAACAUGGGUCUGGCUAUGAAGCUGCAAGAACUGACCAAGAAUGCCCAGCCAUUGAAGGCAAAGUUGUAGAAGACACUCCGCUCAGGCAGCACGUCAUUAUAUCUAUAAGACUGCAAAGAAAAUCAUGUUCAUAUAAUAGGGUAUAUUGGUCUACAUAAUUUCUGAAUAAAAGUUAGCUGUUGGGUUUACAA